GAGUUGGGAAGACAUCGCUAAUUAUGUCACUUGUCAGUGAAGAAUUUCCAGAAGAGGUUCCACCCCGUGCUGAAGAAAUCACCAUUCCAGCUGAUGUUACCCCUGAAAGAGUGCCAACCCACAUCGUGGAUUAUUCAGAAGCAGAGCAAAGUGAUGAGCAGCUUUACCAUGAGAUAUCACAGGCAAAUGUAAUUUGCAUAGUAUAUGCUGUUAAUAACAAGAAUUCUAUUGAUAAGGUAACAAGCCGAUGGAUUCCUCUCAUCAGUGAAAGGACAGACAAAGAUAGCAGGCUGCCUCUUAUAUUAGUUGGAAACAAAUCUGAUCUAGUGGAAUAUAGCAGUAUGGAAACUAUUCUUCCCAUUAUGAAUCAAUAUACAGAGAUAGAAACAUGUGUAGAGUGUUCAGCAAAAAACUUGAAGAAUAUAUCUGAGCUAUUUUAUUAUGCACAGAAAGCUGUUCUACAUCCUACAGGUCCUCUUUAUUGCCCAGAGGAGAAAGAGAUGAAACCUGCCUGUAUUAAAGCACUCACUCGUAUUUUUAGAAUUUCUGAUCAGGAUAAUGAUGGUACUCUCAAUGAUGCAGAGCUCAACUUCUUUCAGAGAAUUUGUUUUAAUACGCCACUGGCACCUCAAGCUUUGGAGGAUGUAAAGAAUGUAGUCAGGAAAAAUCUAAGUGAUGGAGUUGCUGAUAAUGGAUUAACAUUAAAAGGUUUCCUUUUUCUACACACACUUUAUUAUGAAGAAGUGAGACUUGUCCAUUUCUCCCCUAUUAUGCCCUUCAUUCCUCUUUAUAAGCUAAAAAUUCCUUCAGACUGCACAACAGAAUUAAAUCAUCAUGCAUACUUGUUUCUCCAAAGCAUUUUUGAUAAACAUGAUUUGGACAGAGAUUGUGCUUUGUCCCCCGAUGAACUGAAAGAUUUAUUCAAAGUCUUCCCUUACAUGCCAUGGGGACCUGAUGUUAACAACACUGUUUGUACAAAUGAGAGGGGCUGGAUUACGUACCAAGGCUUUCUCUCUCAGUGGACGCUAACCACAUACUUGGAUGUACAGCGCUGCCUGGAGUACCUGGGUUAUUUAGGCUAUUCGAUACUUGCGGAACAAGAAUCUCAAGCAUCAGCAAUUACAGUAACUAGAGAUAAAAAAAUAGAUCUCCAGAAAAAACAGACACAAAGAAAUGUUUUCCGAUGCAAUGUUGUUGGAAUGAAAGGCUGUGGGAAAAGUGGAGUUCUUCAGGCUCUUCUUGGAAGAAAUCUAAUAAGACAGAGGCAAAUACGUGCAGAACACAAAUCCUACUAUGCCAUUAAUACAGUCUAUGUGUAUGGACAGGAGAAAUACUUGCUGCUACAUGAUGUCAGUGAUUCUGAAUUUCUAACUGAUGCUGAAACCAUAUGCGACGUGGUCUGCCUAGUAUAUGAUGUCAGUAACCCCAAGUCCUUUGAAUACUGUGCCAGGAUUUUUAAGCAGCACUUCAUGGAUAGGAGAAUACCUUGCUUAGUGGUAGCUGCAAAGUCUGACUUGCAUGAAGUUAGACAGGAAUAUAGCAUUUCACCUGCUGAAUUCUGCAAAAAACACAAAAUGCCUCCGCCUCAAGCCUUUACUUGCAAUACUGUUGAUGCUCCAAGUAAGGACAUCUUUGUUAAACUGACAACUAUGGCAAUGUAUCCCCAUGCCCGGUUACGCUGUAUGUGCGCCUGCAACAGGUGUACAUUUUGCAUCUGUCAGAACUUCCUCAACUCAGACUUGCUGCAAUCUGUAAAGAACAAACUCUUCACUGCAGUUCUUAACAGGCAUGUGACACAAGCAGACCUCAAGAGCUCUACGUUUUGGCUUCGAGCGAGUUUUGGUGCUACUGUCUUUGCAGUUUUGGGUUUUGCUAUGUACAAAGCAUUAUUAAAGCAACGAUGAUCUGAGAAGAAGCACAUCUGGCCCUACCAAAUAAAAAUAAACUUUUAUGUACAUUCAGAAUGCUUUAAAUUCUGCUAGGAAUAUUUAUAUAUGCAGAGUUACUUUAUUAAUAUUUGUAAUUCAUGCAUAAGAUUAUUUUAAAUUAUAGUUCUAAUUACAGUAUUGCAUAAAUGUGUGUGAGAAAAACAAAAAAUUGCAUAUUAACAGCCAGGUAAAAUGGCUUGACUUAUGAGGCCAAAAGGGAAUUAGCUGUAAAUAACCUGUACAUACUAAGGCAGUAAGACAUGGCUUCCCCCAAAGUUAUUCAAAAUACUGUUCUUAGGUGUUUCACCAUAGUGACAGGAUAGUGUAAAAUUUAAAUUCAUUUUUCAGUAGAAUAGGUUCAACUCAAGGAUCACUCUUCCUCAAGGAUUGCUUAUUUAUUACAAAUUCAUCUGACGGGACUUAAUCUUUUGGGACUACAAUCUGUAUCAGGCAGAAUUUUUGAUUUUUUUUUCUUUAUCUAUUUUUUAACUAAAAAAAAAAAAAACAGUUUACCCACUGGACUAUGUAUUUCAAGAUAAAGGUCACUGUGGCUGACUUGGCCUAUGAUUUUGUAUGUUAUAUGACCAGUGAAAUGUUUAACAGUCUAAGACUUCUUUUAAAACGAAAAAAGGAAACUUCGAAAACUGCCAGACCAACUUCAUAUGCUGUGUGUAAUUCUAUUUUUUUCAUUUUCCACUAUGUUGCAUUUUAUAACCCUGAUGAAUCAGAUGAGAUUUAUAUAUUGUAAAUGUUUAUAACUCAGAAAGUGUUUAAUUUCUCACAUCUGUAAAUCAUACUUGUUAAGCUGUGUAUGAGCUAGACCUAAGUAGUACACAGUGCCUAUUCUACUGUAGUAAAUUAGUUGCAUGGUUCACAGUGCAUUCUGUAACUGGCUAGAUUACCUGUAGACACAGCUUUUUUAAUGAUGAAGUAAAUUAACAUUAUUCCUCAUGACAAACCUAUUUUUCCAUCGCUGGCCUUUUCAGGUAUUUCAAUAAAAUAACUCUGUACUGUG